AUGCCUCCCACAGUCAUCUUCAUCCGUCACGCCCAGGCGAUCCACAACGUAGACAAACUCUACCCCAAACCCUGCGACACCGGCACACCCGCCACCACCCUCGCAACCGAGUUCCCCACCUUCGACUUCAGCGCCCUCGACCCCAUCUACCCGGACAAGACCUCCCCCGCCGGCGCCGCCUACCAGUACAGCCAAGGCGCGGUGCUGGCGCGGGGGCGGUCGGCACUAGCAGACCUGUACAAGCGGCCGGAGGAUGUGGUGGUGGUGGUGUCGCAUUCGGGGUUUAUGCGGACGGCGGUGGUGGGGAGGUGGUUCGGGAAUGCGGAUUAUAGGGUUUUUGAUUUGGGUGGUUGCGAGGGCCGGGAGGGGGAGGGUGGGUUGGUGGAGUGGGAGUUGACGAGGGGGAGGGGGGGGAUGGGCAGGAGUAGGGAGGAGAAGGUGGUGGUUGGGGAGAAGCUUCCUGAGGUUUGA